AUGUCAUCACUAGCGGUCCCCGACGAGACUUCUCCUCAGGGCGCCGAUGGCCCGCCUGCACACGCGAGAACACUGCCCACCAAUGCGGGGCAUCCGGCACCUCCCUCCAUAAUCCCCCUGAGUCCGAGCGAGCCUUCCCCCUUCCACACGCUGCAGCUUCUCAAUUACGAGAAUGGGUCGGCGCCGCCGCCAGUGAGGAAGACAAGCGGACAGUUUGUAGUCUGGUCACACUCAGAAGCUCAGAAAGACAAACGGGGACUGGCCCAGUGUCAGCUGGACCCUUUUGAUAUCAAGACAGGCCGAAGCGUUCGGAAAUUCGAGAUUCCGCGCACUCGCAAGCCAGCCAACACAGCGGCGAAGGAUUCGGCAGCCAACAACUCGACCCAGGGCGAGACAACCAACGAGUCGAGCACGAACGCACAGUCGGCUUCCACUUCCACUUCUCGGCCGGCGGUCUCUACUUUGAACGUGGGGCGCGCGCCAGCCCCCUCUUCCGUCGGUGGUCAUCCCUCUCAUCCGCGAACAUCUCUGCCACCCUCUGUGGCUCUUGCUACUGUGUACCCCAUCGACACCGCCGGACUCUCGGCAUAUCUACCCACAUGGGAUCCCAGCCUCGCGCCGGAGUUUCACUCUCGAGCCCCCGCUCAGCCGGUGGCGUCUUCAUCGGCCUUUCCGCGGGUGCUUGACGCGCUCUCUUCGCUUCAAAGAGACCUCGCUGGAGCCCCCCUCGCCUCGUUCCCUACGCUCUCCGCGUUGUCCGAUGAACACUCGGAGAGCUACCUAGUCCACGGCGGUGUGUCCAGACAAGAAAUCGAGAAGAUGACAAGAUUCGAUGACCUUCGCCUGCUGCGCCCCUCGCAAGAAAACGUCACCGAUGUUAAUGUCACACACGGUCCUCAAACGAUUCCCCCAGUCGUUGAAAACGCGGUUCGCGCUCAGAUGCAUGGUGCCGUCACGUCCGGCAACGGGACGAAGUCGCUUGCGAACGUGCCCUCUACUUCCGGUGCGGGGGCUACAGACUCCGCGUCCGCCGGUGAAGGACCUUCUACCGACGUUUCCAGCAACGGCGGUAGGGUGCGCGCCCAAAAGUCACAAACGAAGGCACCCAGAUCGACACCAUACUCGGAUCGGAAUCGCAAGCGCAGGCAGGACGAUCCACGCUGA